AUGGCCUUUAUCAAGGUCAAUCGUCAAGCAAGAAAGAAUCCACACAGAGGCCGACGCGUCGACGCACAACCUCGCCGGGAGAUCGAGCGGGUCCUGAAGACCAGCGCUGAAGGCUUACAGGGGUUGUCUUUUCAUGCCAGUGACUACUACUAUACUCAGUCACUUAGACGAGCAGGCUGGGCACAUAUCGGCGAUCACCCUGCUGGGACGAACACGUAUGCGGAAGAUCCAGAACAGUUUUGGUUUGGCGACGGCGCCAGCAUAUUGAAUGCACAUGGCGAUGGCGACGUGGCGGUUGCAGCAUCUCGGGGUUCAGGGAUGAAAAUUCUCGGACUUGCGCGUAUUGCUGGCUUCACAUUGCCUGAGACCCAAACACGCGAAGCAUCCGCGCAUCUCUCCCGGUCGUCGCUUGAGAGAUGA